AUGGCCCACACGGUGCGGGCCGCGCAGCAGGCGCAGCAAGACUUGCUGCUUGCCGACGAGCCGCCGCGCGCACCGCUGGCCGAAGGGUUGGCGCCAGGCGCGCUCGCCAAUCGCCAGGUGGAGCAGGUGCAGCUGGAGACGGCGACGCUGAGCGACGACGUCGGCAACGACAACGUGCACUUCGACACCAUCGAGGGCCAGAGCCUGGGGGCCGAGACGGUCCCGCAGGCGCCGCUGGCCGAUGAGAUGACGGUGCUGGAGCCGCUGGAUGUCAAGGACAGGGUCGUCGAGCUGGAGGGCCUCCUCCUUGGCGCCACCGAGCGGCUGAACACGGCCGCGCUUGCGAUCGCCACCGCGCAGUGCAUCGGCACCGAGGUGGAUCAGGCGCUGUGCGACGAGCUUUCUGCUGCCGCCGACCGCCUCACCGACCUCGAGGACCUGCUGGCCGCCGCCAUCGCGGAGGCCAAGAAGGCAGAGGAGGUGCACCAGAAAACCAUCGCCGACGUGGCCCUGGUGCACGCGAGGGCUGACGGGGUCGACGUGGAGCUGGGCAUCAUCGAGGAGAUGGUUGCCAGCAGCUCGCUGGACUGGCUCUCGGCAGACGACUGGGAGAAGGCGUGCGCGUCCAACGACGGGGCUGCGCUGCGGCAGCUCUACGGGGUGCGGCGGGAGGGGCACAGGCUGGCCGCCAUGAUCGUGCCGCUGGAGCAGCACGAGGAGUGGGACUGCCAGCUGUGCCUCGAGGCGGGCGAGUACUUCGUGGUUGGCGACGCCGUCGUCAACUGCAUCGCGGAGUGCGCCGACUGCGAGUGGCACUUCUGCAUCAACUGCUGGGCCAAGCGCGGCCCGACGGUGCGCCAGAAGGCCAUCGACGACAAGGUCGGCGUGGGCUGA